AUGAGCUUCAAGGAUGCACUGGCGAAGAGGACUGGAUCUUUCUACACGCACACUGUCAAAGGCAGGAAGGGAAGGCCUAGCGAGUUCACCAUCCGCGUUCCCUACAAGUGCUUCCAUACUGGCAAGGAGACGAUGCUGGAGGGUCACGAGCUGAUCGACCAGAUCGAUCGCUGGGUGCAGUACGGGACCAUCGAACCUGACUGCGGGGAAGCGAUCAAGGAAGUGGUCAGGAACAAGUCUUGGUGUGAUCUAUCCAAGGAGUAUUUUGUCCUGCUCGGAGCCACAAGUGCCAUGGGUCCGUUCCAACUGCUCAAGGAGCUUG